AUCCUGCCCACACAUUCGUUGAUACAUAGAACAUUUUGAUGGAACGCACGUUUGUUGGUAUUGUGGUGCGUUGGUUCCAUCUUAUCUCAAGAUCUUAGUCGUUUCUAUUACGUUGCAAUGUUUUCUGAAGGCGCAAGUGCUACUCUGCGCUGCACCUGCUAAAGCUGUUGUUGCGUACAUUCUGAGUUCACGUUAAAACAAUUGCGCAUCGGUUGAGUCGGUCGAGGUUGUUUUCAGUUAAAGGACAGCCAGGCUGUCUGCCUCAGCUACCAAUCACAUGUCGACGGAGGAUCUGUCCACUUCCGACAGCGAGGCUGCCAUCGCGGGAGCCGGGGAGCGCUGGGCGCCGGUGGGAGCCGUGGCCAGCCCGGAUGAUGAGCAGUGGAAGAGGGGCACGCGAGCUGGCUCUGUCUCGUCCAGCGAUCCAGACCUGGUAUCCAGGCUGAGGAAGCUGCAGGAUGAGCAGGAGCAGCUGAACUCGUCGCUCCUCGCCUUAACGUCUCACUUCGCUCAAGUGCAGUUUCGGCUGAAACAGAUCGUCCACGCGCAGAGCGACGAGAAAGAGAGGAUGCUGCUGGAGCUGGAAGAGUUUGCCUUCAAAGGAUGUCCUCAUGUUAUAGGCUGCAGGGCACAGGAUGCUCAGAUGAUGGAAAACUCUAGUGAAAGAGAGAAGAGGGAACGCUUGGAAGCUCAGAGAAACAAGCAGAAGGAGCUGAUUCUCCAGCUGAAGUCUCAGCUUGAUGACCUGGAGCGCUUCGCCUACCAGGAGGGCAGCUAUGACUCCCUGCCUCAGUCUGUGGUCAUGGAGAGACAAAGGGUGAUCAUUGAUGAGCUGAUUAAAAAGCUGGAUGUGAAUCUGAAUGAAGACAUUGGGAACCUCACUCCAGAGGAGCUGCGACAGAGAGUGGACGCUGCUAUAGCUCAGAUAGUCAACCCGGCUCGAGUCAAAGAGCAGCUGGUGGAGCAGCUCAAGACCCAAAUCAGAGACCUGGAGAUGUUCAUUAACUUCAUACAGUAUGAAGUGGGGAACCCUCUGUUAAAUGAUGGUGUGAAGAGCCAGCAGGCCCAUGCUGCCGGACCAAACACUGGAGCCACAGGAGGGAUGAAGCGAGUGGAUCCCGAACAGGCCCAGAGGAUGCGGGAAACCGGGCUUCAGCUGAUCCAGAAAGCCUUAGCAGUGCUCCAGAUCUUUGCACUGAGUCAGUUCGGUUGUGCUGCGGGCCACAUGCCCCAGAACCUGUGGUCUCAGGGUGGGGAGGCUCAAGACUACACCCCCUUGCUGCAGAAACUCGAAGGAGCCGUGGAGCACGUACGUCUGCAAGCCUCCUGCCAGCAGCCCAACUCUCAGGAGGAACACGUGGUCAGUUACUCUGCCUGCCUGUCGCCUGGAGGACCUCGGGAUGAACUCACCUCUUCUGUGCGUAAAGAACUGGCUUUGGCACUCCGGGACCUGUUGGCCCAUGGACUGUACGCUCCUUCCCAGGGUAUGAGCUUGGUCCUUGCCCCCAUUUCCUGCCUCCUGCCCUUCAGCUCUUCUCCGCAGACUCUGCAUCCCUGGGAACUUUUCAUCAACUACUAUCAUUCCAAAAAUGGCCAGGCAUUUGUAGAAUCGCCCGCUCGGCAGCUCUCGCAAUCCUUCAGUUUACCUGUAGGGGACGGUCCUGUGACGGUCACGCCCAAGCAGUCUCUGUUAUGGGCCAUCCAUACAGUUCUCAAAGAGCAUGCACGAUUCAAGCGUAGCGCGGACUCUGAGUUUAAGGCCUUAGUGUGCAUGGCACUCAAUGAGCAGAGGCUUGUGUCCUGGCUCAACCUGCUGUGUAAGUCUGGGACGCUCAUCCACUCACACUACCAGCCCUGGAGCUACAUGGCCCAAACAGGCUUUGAAGGUGCCCUACGCAUCCUGGGCCACCUCAGCCAUCUCAAAUUCAGCCUUCCUGUAGACCUGGCUGUCAGGCAGCUUAAAAAUAUCCAAGAUGCUUUCUAAACAAGAUGAAAAUAUGGCCAUUUUAGCAGGUUGAGGAAAAAAGGGAACCCUCCCAAUCCUCAUAAUCUCAAAAAUUGG